AUGGAGGUGGAGGAGGAGGAAAGACGCUCUCCAUACGAUCAUGUGGAUCGGUGUGUUCCUGAGAGCUUCUUUGAUCGCGUAACGCAAGGGUUACGCGACGAUCUCGAGCAUGAGCGGAAUAGGCGUCUCCAAAUUGCGGACACUGCCUCGAAGCAUCGAGCUGAGUUUGCCUUUGCUCAGCUUGAGACCGAGAGAUCUCUGACAUCUCUUCGUGACGAGCUAAGGGUAGCUCGUGGGAUUGCUGAUCGGUCUCGGGAUGAGAUAGCUGCUCUUCAGACCCUUGUUGAUGCCCACCAUCGGGAGCACAAGGCUCUCUGCGAGAUGCUUGAGCGCAAGGGCGUUCUUCAUCGGAAGAAGCAGCGUACUGAUGGUACGGCUUAG